AUGGCGACCACCAUGCGCCUGUGCAAUGGCCUUUUUCUACGCACUUUGUAGCUGUGUCUUGUUGAUGGAAAUUUCCGUUCAUAAUAGUUUCUCAAUUAUAAGUCAUAUAUUCAUUCGUUUUAGAAAAAUGUUCAUUUAGGUGAAUACUGCGUCAUUGCCAAACGGAAUUAUAGAAUUGUUGCAGCAAAUAUCGAACUGUCAAGAGCAUUGUGCUUGUUUUUCACUGGAGUUCUUUCCCUUGUGCUAUUUUUGAAGUUGAUCAACUUUUGAAGUUAUUAUUUUUCGUUGAUAUGGAGUUCCACGGUGGUGGGUCUGGUGGGGUCGUGGUCAGUGGCAGUAAUGUACCUGCAUUUCUUACGAAACUUUGGACUCUUAUUGAGGAUCCGGACACCGAUCCUCUGAUAUGCUGGAGCCCAAAUGGCAACAGCUUCCAUGUGUUUGAUCAGGGCCAAUUCUCCAAGGAGGUGCUUCCCAAGUAUUUCAAACACAAUAACAUGACCAGCUUUGUACGCCAGCUCAAUAUGUACGGCUUCCGCAAAGUAGUCCACAUUGAGCAGGGUGGUCUGGUGAAGCCUGAGAAGGAUGACAUGGAAUUCCAGCAUCCCUACUUCAUCCGCGGACAGGAGCCUCUGCUUGAAAAUAUCAAACGGAAAGUUACCAAUGUGUCCAAUGUUAAACAUGAAGACCUCAAGAUGAGCUCAGACGAUGUCUCGAAAAUCCUGACCAACGUGCAGAACAUAAAAGGCAAGCAGGAGACCAUAGACUCCCAAAUCAUCGCCAUGAAGCAUGAGAAUGAAACUCUUUGGAGAGAGGUGGCCAGCCUCCGACAGAAACACGUCCAGCAACAGAAAGUUGUCAACAAGCUCAUCCAGUUCCUAGUGACCCUGGUGCAGUCCAACAGAGUCCUGGGGAUGAAGAGAAAGAUUCCCCUGAUGCUGAACGACAGCAGCUCCGCCCACUCCAUGCCAAAGUACAGCAGGCAGUACUCUCUGGAACACCUUCAGGCCUCGCUGCAGGCAUCGUCCUCUAUCUCUCCCUCGGGCUCCCCAUUCACCAGUACAGGUCUCUUCACGGCGGAGUCGUCACUUAACAACGGCCCCAUAAUCUCAGAUGUCACUGACCUGGCUCAGGCCAGCCAUGUGGAGGUCACCAAUGAGUGGAUGGAGGAAAGCACGAGCCCAUUGGUCCACAUAAAGGAGGAGCCAUCCAGUCACAUGUUGGAGGAGGUGUGUCCUGCUGAGGUUGUGAUUGGGGGGGCAGGGGUACAGGUUGACACGCCUCUGUCCCCCAUCAACUUCAUCAACUCCAUCCUGCAGGAGAGCAAUGAGCCUAAUGCGGCCCCUGCCCCCACGACCCCUACGGAGCAGAAGUGUCUCAGCCUCGCCUGUCUAGACAAUUCUACACAGAAGUCAGAGGUCUCCCGCCUCUUCCCCUGCCCCUCCUCGUCUCUACACCUCAGACCUAUCCCAGGGAGUGAGCUGAGUGACCAUUUGGACUGCAUCGACAAUGGCCUGGAAAACCUCCAGACUAUCCUGAAUGCACAGUCCAUCAAUUUUGAGUCAUCACCCUUCUUUGAAUUCUUCAGUUCUUCCCUGCCUGGCUCUGAAUUCGACCUGGAGAGCCUUGACAGUAUCCAGGACUUGCUUUCAUCGGAUCCACCUAAAGGGGCUGAGAGAAGUGACAACUACACCGGGAAGCAGCUUGUCCAGUACACCACCCAGCCAAUGUUACUGACUGACCCAUUGACCAGUGAGAACGGGGGGGCGGACCUCCCCUCUCUGCUGGAGCUGGAGGGAGACUUAUAUUUCAGCCAGGACCCUGAAGAGGAACCUACCAUCUCACUCCUCACCUCUGACACAGAAGCACCAGACAAGCCCAAAUUAUCCUAAAGAAACUUUUUAUGAAGGGAUGUACUAGUAUGUUUAAUUUUAUUUUGUUGUGUUCAUGUGCAGAUGAUGACAAAUCAACCUGGUUGAAUGAUGGUUGUUCACUAUUCUCUAUGAGCUAUUGAGCUUCAUUCAUUUCAAGGCUUAAACUUCCUAGUGAAAGAAUUUUGCUUUAAAAGUUUGACUUAAAUUACUGCCAUGGUUUGUUCAGCGCUUGGAAGUGACUUCCUGGGUUGAAUUAUCUGUGGUCUUAUUGGCGGGCCUUAAAUAAAACUACCUAAAAGCUUAAUCAUUACCAGGUCUAGUUUUAAGCAUUGAUCACCAAGCACCUUUAACUAGUAGAUGUGGAAGUGUUCAGAAUAAUUGUUGUAACAAUACAGGGCAUAGAUUCAGUACAUUACUGUUUCUGGGGGAAAAAACACUUAAUCUUUUUGUUUCUCUUUUUUCCUGGGAGGGGGUAUUUUCUUUUACCUAUUGAUAUAAGGGUAGUACCUUUAUAAUGUUAAGUGUUUUAAGUCUUUGUGCUGCACUAUUAUCUUGAUUUAUUCACAGUAGAUGCAGAAAGUGUUUUCUUUGACAUGUUUUCAUUGCAUAAUUCAUAAUGGAAUGCUGUUGGUACUUCAGCACCUUUAUAGUAAUUGAAGUUUUUAAUGCUAGAAUCCUUUAGUUGCUACAUCUAAGCAUUCUAGAAGAAUAUCAUUUAUAAAAGCCUCAUGAGCUUAGUUCAACUGUCGUUCCCCAUCAGACCCCAAAAUUAACAUAUUGUUUUGUUUGUAAACAAUGUAUACUGAACCAAAAUAUAAAUGCAACAAUUUCAAAGAUUUUAUUGGUUACAGU